AUGGAGGGCGAACCGGGGGAAGAAGAUACUAAGGAGAAGCCGGCCGACGACCCCGAAGAAGAAGACGUCGAUUUGCACAACCAGCUUGAAAAACUGGCGACGAGCUCGACGAUCAGCCGCGUUGGCUUGGUCAAAAUGUAUCGUUGUGCCGUGGCAUUGCUGGAAAAGAAGAGCAGCCCAUUCAGAGCCCCGGAACUGCUCGUUCUCCGCGAAAUUUUCGCGAAGUCGCUAGUGCUCAAGGAUUGGAAACUGGCGCAAGCCGUGGCUAUGGACCUAUCGGAACGAUGCAAUGAGCAGUAUCUAAAGGAUACUCUCUCCUACGUCGUUUCGCUGAGCCAAGCCUUGGAACUCGUUGAGGAUGCCGCGGUCGGCGACGAAGAAAAGAAGCUGCCUUUGAAGCACAACGAUUUUGCCGAGUUUUUCAAGCAUCUGUGUCUCGCCGAUAGCGUCUUUGGCCAAGCUCCCGACCUGGAUGCGGACUUGGGAGAGGAGGACAAAUUGAUCAAGAUCGACUCUUACUUCCGGUCGCUGCGCAUUCUGAUUUCUCGCCUGAAAUUCGACGAAGAAAUCGUCGAGCACUAUAAGAAGGUUUUCAACACGGUGGAAUCGAUUUACAAGGUCCUAAUCGACGCUAGUUCGAACCUCGCCAAUUUCCAUGUGGAAUCUCCCAACAUCAUCGCCUUCAUAAAAACUGGUGUCGGCUUGUUCCCGAGCGCGCUGCAGAAUGAUCGGCUGAGAGAGGCCGUUGCACUGAAUCAAGCAAGACUUUGUCCUUCGCCGGGCCUUAUCGGAACAUGCAUUCCUCGUGGUGCUGCCUCAAGCCCAGGCGAAAGCGUCGAAAAUGUAGAGGACGUUGCAAUUGGUCUGAUAUCGCAAAAGAAGCAAGACACUACAAACGGAAGCUCGGAGAUCAAGGAUGAUGAGGUUGUGGCCUUGAGCCCAAGCCAGCAGUCGUCGCUUUCCCAGGUUGAUGUGCCGGUUAUCGAAGUUCGCUUGACGCCGAGAGAGGGAUCGCCUGAUCUGGAGACGGACGCUGCGCCGAAGCUACUUGAUGGCGGCGCUGAUUUUGAGGCCGGAUUUGGUGGCAAAGAAGUCGUCUCCGGCGUUGCUUCGGCCCAGGACGUCAACUCCAACAGUUUCACCAAGGGCUUUGCUGCCGCUGGCCCCGCCGGCGAUAACUCCACUCGGGGUAGCAGCUUCUUCCCUCGAGGAUCGUACCGUGCUGCUUCGCAAGAACAAGUUCGUCCAGCGCGGUUCGAAGGUGGCAUGCAGCGCCGAGGCGGUACGCGAGGCGGAAGGGGCAUGAUGGGUGGCCGCGGAAGCUUCGUUCGGCAA